ACAUGGUAGUUUGUAUUAAUUCUUCAAUCGUUUUCUGUUAGUAGUAUGUUAUGAGAAGUUUAUGGUCAAUUUGGAGUUAUGCAUUUCCCCUGGGUAUUGUGUACAUGGGUCAGGAUGAAUAAAAGAUGAAGUAUGAUAGGUGUUAUUGUAUUGGUUAUUGUUGGCAUAUGUAUCUUCCUGUUUUUCUUUGGGAUUUGCAUAUACAUCUGUAAACGCAACGAAGAAUACCAACCUCCGGCCUUAAUCAGAAGAUUCAGUAGAUCACUUUCUCGAAAUGCUAGCCAUAACCCUGAUGAUACCAUUGAAAUUACUUAUGAACCACAAGGAGAAGGACAAGUGUUCCUUGGUGCAACUACUGUUUCUAAAUUAAGUGAUCGACCACCAUCAUAUCUGGAUGUCCGGAACAGCACAAGCAAUUUUGAAGAAGUGUUGGAGGACCCACCAUCUUAUGAUGAGUAUAUUACUGAUUCACACCUUCAAGCUAAUGCCCCUCAAGUUGGUUGAGCAAUAAAGGUUUUGAAAUUAUUUUUGUAUGUUACCCCAACCUUUUGAUCAUUUAAAUGGAACUAAAAAAAUCAAUUACAUUACCUCGUAAAGGAAAUUUUAACGAUUAGGUCCCAGUGCCCAGUACUAAGGUUUAGUAUCGACCUAAAUCUAUGGUCAAGUUUGCCUAACGGUAACUUAAAAAAGUGGGAUAAAAGAGUAAAUGGAGUGCGGGUCGAAGGAAAUUAACUCAUUCCAAAAAAUUUAGAUUACUUUAGUGAAUGAUUAUUUAAAAAAAAGGUUUUAUAUACAAAUAUGUAGCUAGCUAUAUCUAUUUAGCAUGAUAAUUUUUUUAUUGUAGAAAAAAAUUAUGUAAGGUCUUUUUUAAUUAAUUCAUUUCUUGAAAGGCUAUUCAAAAAUUUCUUAAUUUUUUUUAUAUGUACUCUGUUUUAUAUAUUUAUACAUACUUUUGUAAUA